AGCGUAGCACAUUAAGUAUUGUCUCGUACUGUAUUUAGUCGAAAAUGUACACUUAUAUGCGUGAAAUAAGGUCACAGGUCCAUCAGUUAAUGUUCUUAAUAAGCGGAAAUUGUAAUUAUGGUUAGCGUAAUUUUAAAUUGAGACUUAAGAGUUACGUGCAUUUCCUGGCUGUUGAUUACAUGACAGCACAGCAGAAGUCUGAAACCUAUCGUCUAAUUCUUAUGUAUAAGUACCAAAAUAGUUUCUUUUCAGUGAAUACUCUUCAAGUGAGUGUGAUUUUUGCUGGUAUGGAGGUAAAAUGCUGGUCUCUAUCACGAUGAGUGGAAGUUGUACACCAGUAUACAAAGCCUGAUUAGAAUUUUCACAAUCAUGUAAUGGACUUGUCUAGUUUCUACAGUACUUGCUCUUUGUAACAACUGUGCAUUGGACUGUCCUAAAUCUACAUCUUUUUUAAUACACAUAAGCCACCAGAUGGUGUGUGGUGAAGGGUACUUAUCUUACUGCUAACUAAACACCCCCCCCCCCCUCCUCUCCUGCUCUCCUUCGGUGUUCCAAUCACGCUUUCACCUAUGGCAAGUGGGAAUAAGGAUUGUUGGUAAACCUCUGUAUUAGCUCUAAUUUCUCAUUGUGGCCAUUUCACGAGAUCUAUAUGGGAGGAAGUAAUAUGUUGUCAGAUUCUUCCAAAUGAGCACUAAUGCCAGUAAAAUGUAGAAAAGAGAAAUAAGCCGACCUAUUUUCUACAACUGUCAUAGGAGGUGGAUCAAUAUUUUUUUCUGUCAAAUAUGAAAGGUGUAUUGCAUUACGCCUUUCACCUUUUAAAAUUUCCUGCAAGUGCUAAUGGCUGUGAGAUAUCCCUCACCAUUGCUCAUGACAUUUCAAGGAUUACUAUCAGAAAGUGACACAAUGUGACUGGAUUUACUCACAAUGUAUUGUUAUGGACAUGAGAGAUAUUAUUUUAAAACAUUUUAAAAACUGAAGUUUUGGCAGGAAGUGUUGUCUGACAUGUGUACUACAUAAAUCUGUGUGUUCUGUAUGUCUUAUGAUUCAUUCAUCACAUUCUGUAAAUCUUAUGAUGGAGAGCCUUCAGAAACAUUAAGUGGCAGAAGCAGCCACUUGAGGCAACAUCUGUGAAGUAUAACAACAAGCAGUUAUGACACUACUAAUCUACUACUCUGAUAACUAUGGAAAUGACUACUAUUGCCGUCAGCAGGUUAGCAGAGUGAGACUGACUUGUAAUUAUAAGGCAGACAGAACGAAGCUUUCAUGGUUUACUUGUCAAGGAUAACUACACUAUCCAGCCACAAUAAUGUGACUACCUCUCAAAAACCUGAAUAACUGCCUUUUGCCAUCUCGACCACAGCAAGAUGUACAGGAAGAGAGUCAGUGUAGUUCUCGAAGGUACCAACAAGGAUAUGGUCCAUGCCAACUCCAUUGCUGUGCCCAGCUGCCAUAGGUUUCUCAAUUGAGGAUUCAUGUGGGAACAGCUUGACUGAGGUGGCCCCACAGACUCUCAGUUGGGUUUAAUUCCAGGGAGUCUGGUAGCCAGGGGUGUACAGUAUAAACUCAUCCUGAUGCUCUUUGAACCAUUUACAUACAUUGCUUGCCACGACACAUUGCAUUGCCCUGUUGAUAGAUGCCAUUGUGUUAAGGACAAACAAACUGCGUGUAGAGGUGGACAUGGUCCCCAAGGGUAGACACAUAAUUGUGUUGAUUCACUGUGCCUGCCAGAAUGACAAGAUCACCCAGGGAAUGCCAUGAAAACAUUCCUCAGACUACAAUGCUCGCUUCUCUGGCCUGGUCCAUUCUGAUGAUUAUUGCAGGCUGUUUGCUUAUGGACAUUUCACGCCAUACACACCAAUGGCCAUCUGUCUGUCGGAGCAUAGCAUAAAACAUGAUUCAUCUGAAAAGGCCUCCUAUUGUGUGUCCAGUUGCAGUGUUGGUAAGGAAAUUCCAGCCUCUGUUGUCAAUGAACAGCAUUCAGCAUGCGUGCAUGAGCCAGGCACCUGCUGUGAAGGCCCAUAUGCAGCAGUGUUCGCUGAAUGAUCAUUCAGGAGACACUGUUGGUAGCCCCGUGGUUUACCUUGGCAGUCAGUUGCUUGUUUAUUCACCUGUUACACAUCUCUGCAGCCAUCUAUCGCCCCUUCAUCUGUAGGACAUGUUGCACCACAGUUGCCUUGGCACUGGUUUUGCAUAGCACCAUUUACUCAUGCAUGGUAUACUUGUAACCAUGGCAGCAUGGGAACAGUUUACAGACUUAGCCAUUUCGGAAAUACUUCCAUCUAUGGCCCAAAAGCCAAUGAUCAUGGCCUUUUGGACCUCAGAUAAAUCAUUCCAUUUUCACAUUAUGACAAUGCCUGCACUGUUUUCCACGUCCCCCUGACAAGUUUUAUAUACCAUCUACUUGCUGUCUAUGAGUGGUUAUUGUACACUGAUGUUGAACAUAGUUGAUGGUCACAUUAAUGUGACUGAAUCAUGAAUUAACAAAGUGAAACAACUAUUACAUGCUCUGUUAAUAAUUAACUGUAAUUACAAUGCUAAAGUGUACAAGUGAUUGCUGAAUUAAAGUUCACAGUUAAUUUGAAAGAAAAUCUGAUAUUUAAAAAUAAGGAGAAAAAGGAGGAGGUGGUUUUGCUUCUUUAGUUUACCCAAAAGAACAGUUAAAUAUGGAGUACGAGGAUGUCAACAAAACCGUGGAUCACAGCAGAUGUUGGUGUGUCAGAAGAAUUAAAAUGAGCAUCAACAAGCCCAGAAAAGAUCCUACAAGCAUGGAUGAUGAAGAGUAUCAUUCAACAUGACAGAUGCUACCCUGCAAUGGUUGGCUUUGAUCCGUCAUCAAAAUCAAAAUUGGAUAGUGUUGAAUACAGUAUUGCAGGCGCUGGCAGUGGAGCAAUAACUAGAUUUUUAUGCCAGCCAUUGGAUGUAUUGAAAAUCAGAUUUCAGCUCCAAGUAGAACCAAUAUCCAAGAAGUAUGCAGGCUCAAAAUACAAGAGUGUACUGCAAGCUGUUAAGUGUAUUGCCCAAGAAGAAGGCAUUUCAGCUCUGUGGAAAGGACAUAUACCAGCACAGUGCCUUUCUAUUGUGUAUGGUGUUGCUCAGUUUAUAUCAUUUGAAACAUUGACAAGUAAGUGUUGGAAAUAUUUUCCAACAGUAUACAGUGACCACAGAGCCAUUCUGCAUUUUUCCUGUGGUGCAGCAUCGGGAUGCUUUGCUACAUUAGUAUCAUUUCCUUUUGAUGUUGUUCGGACGCGUCUUGUUGCUCAAGGAGAGCCUAAGGUGUACAGAGGCAUCAUGCAUGCUUUCUCAGUUAUUUAUUCAAAACAUGGAACAUUAACGUUGUUCAGGGGUCUAAGUCCAACUUUAAUCCAGAUAGCACCUCAGACUGGUGCACAAUUUGGAUUUUAUCAGGCUUUCACAAAUUUGUGGGUGAACAUUGGUGCAGGACAAGACACUAACAGGAAUACACAGAUUUCCUUGUAUGAGUCCUUGAUCUGUGGUUCCCUGGCUGGAAUUUGUGCAAAGACAUUAGUCUACCCCUUGGAUCUUGCAAAAAAAAGGUUACAGAUUCAGGGAUUUGAAACAGCAAGAAGCAGUUUUGGAAAGGUAUUUCAGUGCAACGGGUUACUCCACUGUGUAGCAACAAUAGUAAAAACAGAAGGUUCUGCAAGUCUCUUAAAAGGAUUGUGGCCAAGUCUGUUAAAAGCUGCUGCCACAACUGCUAUUCAUUUUGCUGCUUAUGAGCAGAUAUGUGCCUUCUUGCUCUCAUUUCAUCACUAGUGUGGGAUGAGGUUGAUAUAUCUCUUCUGUGAUACAUCUUCCCAUAUUUAUAUAUUGAAUCAUCAAAACUGUUAAUUAUAAACAUUAAUAUUUUACACAAAUAAUUCUACUGUAUUUGGUAUAAAAUAUUAUUUAUUCUAUUGCUUUUACAAUGAGACUAAAAAACUGCAACUGAUUUUUGUAUAUAUUCUGUGACAUAUUUACUUCAGUUGUA